CAAGGCAACGUACUCAGUGCAGACCCGCCAGUCUCUGACACACCCAAACUGGUUGGAGCACAGGGACCUUCACAACCUGGGCCUUUUGCAAUUGGAGGAGCCACUGGAAUUUGGUCCCUUGUUGCACCCGUGUGUCUCUCAGACAAGGCAGAUGCAAUAGGUGACUUCAGAAAUUGUUGGCUACCAGGCUGGUCUGUGCUGGAAGGAGGCCCUGCCGUGCUGCUGAGACAUCCCUUAGACAUCCUGAGCGUCACCAGCUGCGACCAGCUUGGGGAGCAGCUCUCCAAUGCCAUAUUCUGUAUCAAGGCUCAAAUGGGCCCGGAAGGAGUCUGCACGGGUGAUGUGGGCUCUCCGCUGAUCUGCCCUGACCCCCAGGGUGGGGCCUGGCUUCAGCUGGGGGUGCUGAGCAGUUUUGAUGAAGCCUGCUCUCGCCCCUAUGUCUUCAGCAGUCUGCCCCACUACCUGCCCUGGCUGGAGAGGACCACAAAGGUUGCAGGGUAUCGUUACAAUCGCACAGUUCCUUGGAAACACCUGAGGCCGACAAAAAAUCUUAGGCAGCUACAGAAACCAGAGACCCUGGCUGCAUGGAUCUCAGCACAAUUGUCCUUGCCCUGGCAAGUGCUCAUCGCCACAUGUGAGAAUCAGAGCUGUGGGGGCUCAAUUCUGAACCGCUACUGGGUGUUGACUACAGCACAGUGUGUUCAACAGACGGACCCAGCAAACAUAGCUGUCUUUGUGAGGCUGACACACCCCAAGGGCCACGCCAGAGGCAUCCAUGUUGCUGCAAUUUACCCUUAUGAGGAGACAGCACAGCACAGUCUCUCUGGCAGCUCCAACGUGGCUCUGCUGCUCCUCCAGAAGCCCAUCGCCUUUGACCAACAUGUGGCUGCUAUGGCAUACUUCCCAAAGGAGCCCUGGGAUAGCUGCAAAGUGAUGGGUCUACAAAUGAUGCCAUCUGGUGAAAUUGGGGCUGACUCCAGCGCAUACCAAGUCAAGGUGCUGAUGCCCUCAGACUGUGCCAAGGAACAUCCUGGGGUCAAUCCAGGCAUGUACUGUGUUGUAAGAAAUAGCUCUAGCUACCUGCCUGGUGCUGCUGUAGGUGAGGGUGCAGCCCUGCUGUGCCACUUGGAGGCCAAGAGCAUGACAUGGAGCCAGGUUGGCUUGAUGAGUGAGCCCUUUCCGGGAUCCCAGAUGGUUGUUCUGUCCUCCAGCAUCACCUCCUAUGUGGACUGGAUAGAAAAAACGUCCAGACAAGCCAAGCACCAAUUAUUCCUGCCCCGUGGGAGAGCAGCAGCCUGUGGACCAAGUAGCUGGAUGCUCCUCCUGAUCCUCUCAUUGUUUAGGGAGGCAGAGUUAGGCUGAACACACAUAUUAGUGUGUUCUCAUUCCUAUUGAAGGUGCUGCGUUGGAGGGUUCAGCUUCUGCAGUCGAUUACCAGGUGCACGACUUUCCGUGCUGGAGGUGGCCCUGCUCUCCUCAUCUCUGCAGGCACCAUGGGAUAUCCACAACAAAUUGCCAGGUGAAGGGCAGUUGCCACAGUUGCCCCCAGCAGUGGUCUAUCAAGUCUCAGCUGGGAUGGCCCACAUGAUGAGCACCUUUCCGGACAAUGCCAUCAACUAGAGGCCUGUCCCUGGGAGUGAGAGUCUAGCAACAAGUCUUGAGGCUACUGUGGACUUCUGCGCCAGCUAUUGCUUCAGUAAACGAGCAAGUAACAGAAAUGAGAUGGAGAUAUUUCAAGAAUAUGUAAGGCAUCAUCCUAAGGACUUUAAGGGAGAAAGAUAGAAAAACCAUGGUAGACGUUCUGGAGAAUUUUCCAUACAAUACAUAGUCGACCCUCCAGAUAGCUUCUGAUUUGUGCAGUCUCCCGUUACUUCUCCCAAGCAUGGUAUUUGCAUAGAAUAUGUGUCUGCAAUUGGGAAGUAUAGCUGAUAUCAGCACUUGGACUCUAAUCUUAUAAUUAAAACCACGAAUCAAUAAAAUAAAAAUGCUCUCAAA